AUGUUUGGAAGUUCGUUGAAUAAAGGGUUUGGAAGUACUCCAUCCUUUGGCAAUACAGCUGCUAAUGCCACCACCAACAAUAAUAACACCGGAGGUGGAUUAUUUGGUGGUAAUAAUACUAAUAAUAAUAACACAUCUGGUGGAUUAUUUGGAGCAUCUAGUAAUAAUAACAAUAAUACAACCUCAGGUUUUGGUAACAAUAACUCGACAUUUGGUUCAAGUAAUACUGGUUUUGGAACCAGUGGAGGAUUGAAUACUAAUAAUAACACUACAAAUCCUUCCAACACUACUGGUGGAGGGUUAUUUGGAAGUAAUAAUACCACUAACAAUUCUAGCACAUCGGGAGGAAUGUUUGGGAAUAAACCUGCUACUUCGGGCCUUUUUGGUGGAAAUAGUAAUACAUCAGGAGGCUUGUUCGGAGGUAAUAACAAUACCACUAAUAACACUAAUACCACUCCUAAUACUGGGGGGUUAUUUGGAGGUAAUAAUAAUAAUAAUACUAAUAAUAAUUCAACAGGUGGAUUAUUCGGAUCCAACAACAAUAAUAAUGCUAAUAGUACUAAUAACACUUCAGGAGGAUUAUUUGGGUCAAAACCUGCAACUUCAGGAGGGUUGUUCGGAUCAAACAAUACCAAUAAUACCACAUCAGGAGGGUUAUUUGGAUCUAAUAAUACCAGUAAUACUACUUCAGGAGGAUUAUUUGGAUCUAAACCAGCAACUGGAGGAUUGUUCAGUAAUAAUACCAAUAACACUAAUAACUCCAAUACCUCAAAUAAUGGAGGAUUAUUUGGAAGUUCCAAUAACACAUCAGGAGGAUUAUUUGGAUCAAACAAUAAUAAUACUUCUGGGGGAUUAUUUGGGGGACAAAAUCAAAACCAAAAUCAACAAAACAAUCAAUCAGUAUUUAAUCAAAACAAUCAAUUCCAACUCAAUGCUAUGACUAGAGUAGGUGACUUACCAGAAAAUAUCAAAAGAGAAUUACAAGAAUUCGAUAAAUAUAUCAACCAACAACAUUUAAUAGCAACCAAUUUACAAAAUGAAGUUAAAGUUCAUGACGAAUUGAUCAAGACUUUACCUCAAGAUAUCGAUUAUUUAUAUAUCAAGUUGAAGAGUACUAAACAAGCCUUGAAAUUCGAUUCAAAUAAUUUAAGUAACUUGAAAUCUUUAAAUAAUGAAUUAACUGAAGAUAUCAACAAAAUGUUACAACUUAUCUUACAAUUAUCAAUUCCUGGUACUAAAUUAUCAUCAUCAUAUCAAUUAAAUGAAUUUUUCAUCAAAAAGAUCAAGUAUUAUAAUGAAAUCAUUACCAAUUAUGAAUCAACGAUAAAGGAAUUUACAUCUAUUUUACAAAAUUUAGAACAAUCUGUUAACCAAGGUUUUGGUAAUAUCUUCAAUAUCUUAGAAAUCAUAAAGACACAAUUCAAUUUGUUUUUGGAAUUAUGUGAUAACUUAGCUAACUUACAUAACAGUAUAUCUAAGUUAACUUAA